GAUCGCACGAUUUCAAGGACGGUUCGGUUGGAGAAUUGGCAGCAUCGGAUUGAUGGCGAGUGUGUCGGAGGAGAAUGGCUCGGUGCUGCGCGAGGGGGUGGCGUCGGUUCGCCCACCGAGGCUGGAGGACGCCGGGCUCGAGGACUGCGCCCUCCCGCCGGAGUCCAUUAUGGAGGCUUUCGCCCGCGCCGCUAUCUCCGCUCGUCCCGAUUUGGACGAAGAGAGCGAAGAUGAGGGUUCGCACGAAGCCCUAGAUUCGCGGUCGCCUGCAGGGGUGAUCUCAUUCGUCGAGCAGACGGAGCAGUAUCCUGAUGGGCUUACGGUCCCUGAAACAGUGGCUUCCAGUUUGGGAAGGGAGGAAAGGAUGGCAGAGCGUAAGGAAGAAGGGGAAGCAGUAGCUGAAGACGCAAUCUGAUUCAGGAUCAUGAGUUGGUCUGAUCUGCUAUUCUCUUCCAUCCACUGAACGUGGAGAAUGCAUUUUAGGUUGAUUUUGACUUGAUAGGAUAUAACUUUCCCUUUGAUUGGUCCAGAGGUAAUUUAGUAGACGAAUUGAUAGUUCGUUGCCCCACGUCAGUAGAAAAGGUUCCAACUUGAACUGCUUUUGUAUAAUCAAUUCAAUUAUUUGUAAACCUGGGAAUGCAAUUCGAUGUCCUGUCUGUAGACAGCAGCCAGUUAGGUUUAAAUGACUGAUGAUUCUUAAAUCUACAAGUAAUCAAUCCUGUGUUUGGGGGAAUUUUAGUUGCUUACACAAGGGAAGGUAUUCAAUACCAAUAUUGUUGGAUGUACUUUGCCAAAAAUUCACUUAUUAUAUUUUUGCGAGAAUAAAUAAUUGCCUACUCGUCUGAGCAUUGCAUGCUUGCAACUGAAAGAAAAUUACUUUCUUCUUCGUUCAAAAUCUCCUUUGAUGCUUGCCUGGAGGAGGGAAAGUUUGUUGGCAUCACAGGUGAUCUCAAAUCCAUUCUGCUGGGGGGUU